GCGAAGCCAAGGACAUGGAAGCUGCCGCUGCCGCCGCCGCUCACUUCAGCUUCUGCCGCAGCCUCCUGGAGCACACGGUGUCAGCUGAGAACCUCAGCUACCGCCUGCAGCGCAGCCCCGGCACCAGCCUCACCUGGCACGACGGGCGCAGCCAGCGCGGCGAGGGCAGCCGUGCCAUCAAACUCCUGCGGCAGCCGGGCACAGAGGGCUCCCAGGGCCGUGGCUGCGAUCACUAUGGCAUCUACCACACCAGCCCAACGCUGGGCAGCCUUACCAAGCCAGUGGUGCUGUGGAGCCAGCAGGAUGUGUGCAAAUGGCUGAAGAAGCACUGCCCACACAACUAUCUCAUCUACGUCGAGGCGUUCUCCCACCACGCCAUCACAGGUCGGGCUCUGCUGAGGCUCAAUGGGGAGAAGCUGCAGCGUAUGGGCAUCGCCCACGAGGCGCAGCGGCAGGAGGUGCUGCAGCAGGUCCUGCAGCUCCAGGUGCGUGAGGAGGUCCGGAACCUGCAGCUGCUCAGCCAAGCGUCUUUCGGAAAUGUCUCCUAGCUGAUCCGUCUGUUUGGCAGAUUGUACCAACACUGUGAACCGAGCAGCUCUGGGAUGGACUGUGCACUGCAGAUACGAGACCUGAGCAGCAUGCUUGGAAUACGAAGAGACAGCUCCCGAGCCACUCCAGGGCUUUUCUCUUUCUUCUCUCUCUUUCUUUUUUUAUGAAUACAUUUCUGGGCAGAGAUGGGAUGCUUUCUUCAACAGACGUGGUUCCCAGCUGGAGGAAAAUUAGCAAAGCAGUCGGUGGGACAGGUGAACUUUGGCCCGUCUGAGCCUGACGGGAGAGACUGCAAAAAGAACCAGCAACAGGCAGGGCUGAGCAGUGUGGGCAACUCCAGCACGGCCAUUUGUGGGAUAAACAGGAGCUGCACAUGGGAUGCUGAUGCCUUUGCACACGAGUGGUGCCCAGUGGCAUGGAGUGGCUGGGAGAGCUGCAGGCUUUGCUGGUGUCAAUGCCUUGGAGCUUCAUUCUCCCUUCGAACUGGGCUGUCUUCCAGUGUCCUAGGAGACAAUGUUAUCGGCAGCGAAUAAGAUGACCCAACCAGGCAAAGAAAUUAAAAGCAGGGCAGUCACCAGUGCCUGGCUCCACUUUGUGAAUUAAAAAGGGAGCUGAGUCAGCAGCAGUGGAAGCCCAGGGGUCAGCACGUUCCAGGGGAUGCUGCACAGGAGAUGCUCCACGUCCUUCCUCUGUCCUCAUCCACAUGCCUGGUUCCCCGCUCUCUGGUCCCAGGCUCUAUUUAUUCCUCCCCAAUGCUGCCCAGGCUUUGUCCAGGCCCUUUUGCAGAGGUCUACCCCUCCAGAGCUCUUGCAAACUCCCAACCCUUCAGGGGACUUUGACAGUGCCAUCCAUACCAGCACCGUCCCCAAAUCCCAGCUGAUGAUUGAAAGGAGGUGACAUUUCUAGUCGCAUCCCCCAGUGCCCAGGGACACCCCAGGGCUGUGGCAGA